CAAGAUCCUUAUUUCCUCCCUUCACUAUCUAGGUGUCUCAGGCUCUGCACUCUCCUACUCUCUCCUCCAACAUCAAAGACCACACUCCGGGUAACCUGGAGAGGAUCUCUCCCUACUGGGGUUCCUCAAGGUUCCGUCAUGGGUCCCCUCCUUUUCUCUCUGAACACCAACUUUCAGCUCCGCUAUAUACUAACAUGGCUUUUUCCCACUAAAGCUAUGUAGAUGACACAACUAAUUAUCUUUUAUCCCCAGUUAAACCUUGAUGAGUGACGAAUAAAGAUAGGAAUAGAGUGGAUUAAAGACAGCCUACUCGAGUGCUUUGGAUAGAAAGGGAAUAAGGGACACAGGUCUGUAGUUGUUUAUAUCUAAUGGAUCUGCUUCCUCCUACACUGAUCAAAGCUAUCAGAUAAACCCUAUGGAUUAAACAAAAGAUCAAAGACACUAACCUUAAUAAUGUAAGAGCAAUUCUAAAAAGACACAAAUCUUUGCAGUACCUCAAGGAUCCCUGCGCCAACACAUAUCGGCUCUUAUAACAAAACACGAUGGCUGCUGAUGAAGGCCAAAGGUUUUGUGAUUUAUUGGCCACAGGGAAUCAACUGUACCGUAAAAGAGAGGUUGAAAAGGCUGCAGAGACCUUCACAGCGGCGCUGUGUCUGAAGGCUAAUGAGAAGUAUGGCCUUGUUUGUCGGUCCAAAUGUUUCCUGCUCAUGGGGCAAUUUGAAAAUGCUCUAAGUGAUGCUGAAGCUUCUCUCAAAUGCGACCAGACAUUUUCUGAGGGACUGUACCAGAAGGCAGAGGCUUUGUACCAUAUGGGAGAACUUGAAUUUGCACUGGUGUUUUACCACCGAGGACAAAAGCUGCGUCCACAGUUGCAGGAGUUCAGAAUGGGUAUCCAAAAAGCACAGGACAGCAUAGUUAUCUGUAUUAAAAGUGAGUAAUUUAACACACUUUGUAUGGGUUAGGUUGUCAUGUCAGCAUAUGAACAUACUCUUCACAACUCAUGCUUGAAAUCUUAGUCAUUCAUUCUUGCUGUCUCACACACCAGAAAACUGUAGUAACCCACUGUUUAACAACCAUGCACUCAUAC